UUGCCUCCCUCCGUGUAAAAUUCACAGAUUUCUGUCGACCCCUUUAUUGCUUCUCUUCCUCCUGCUCCUCUGUUUCUCAUUUGCCCUCUGCAACAAGAACCACAUCGACUGAAACCUGAAUCCUCUCCUUUCGAUUUUCUUGUUUCUUCAUUCCCUGAUAAGAGCUGAACCAGCGAGACUGAAAAUCCCAUGUCUGGUUUGUAUAAUCCCAACUUCUCUCACGCUAGAGCGGUUUCUCCUCAGAUUAGAAGCACUCCGGAUGUGGAUAGUCAGUACUUGUCGGAGUUGCUAGCAGAGCAUCAGAAGCUUGGACCCUUCGUUCAAGUGCUUCCGAUAUGCAGUCGGUUGUUAAAUCAAGAAAUAUUGAGAGUUUCUGGAAUGAUGUCCAACCAAAGUUUUGGUGAUUUUGACAGGCUACGGAAUAGAAGCCCGAGUCCUAUGGCUUCUUCAAAUCUUAUAUCAAAUGUCCCUGGGACUGGAUUAGGUGGCUGGAAUUCCCAGGAGAGAUUUUGUGGACCGACUGGAAUGACAAUGGACUGGCAAGGUGGAGCACCUGCAAGUCCUAGUUCGAACAAUGUUAAGAGGAUCUUGCGAUUGGAAAUUCCAGUAGAUACAUACCCCAAUUUCAACUUUGUCGGAAGACUUCUGGGACCUAGAGGCAACUCACUGAAACGCGUAGAAGUUAGUACAGGAUGCCGUGUGUAUAUUAGAGGAAAAGGAUCAAUAAAGGAUCCAGACAAGGAAGAGAAGUUAAGAGGAAGACCAGGCUAUGAACAUCUCAAUGAACCACUACACAUUUUGAUUGAGGCUGAUUUACCUGCAAGUGUUGUUGACUUAAGGCUUAGACAGGCACAAGAAAUUAUAGAAGAAUUGCUCAAACCUGUGGAUGAGUCACAAGACUACAUUAAGAGGCAGCAAUUGCGUGAACUAGCACUGCUGAAUUCAAAUUUCAGAGAGGAGAGUCCUGGACCAAGUGGCAGUGUAUCUCCAUUCAAUUCUAGUGGAAUGAAACGCGCGAAAACAGGUCGCUGAGAAGCGCUUAUCUCAUUGUCGUUGACGUCCAGUACAUUUCAAUUUCGACCAAUGCAGCAGCUACAUAAAAUAAUAGGGCUAACACAAAUUCUUGCUGGCUAGCAUUCUGGUGGGUUUUGGCCCCUUUUUGAUGAAACAAAGUUGGAAAAAAGAAGAUUAAAACAAGUCAUAUAGUUGGGUAUUGAGAUGAAACUAGGUCUGUUUAGAUCAGUCCUUUGUUUUAUUAUUUCCCCCUUGUUUUUGCUCCCCAGAAACUUGAUGCAUUCAUUGGAUUUAUUCUUGUGUUAGAUUUUUACCUUCGACAAGUGUGGGAAAAUACAUGUGAUGAUGGGGGAGGUGUUUAGGGUCUGAGGAGUUUUGUGAGGCAUGUCAAAUGUUUAUGAUUUAUAAUAUUUAUAUGAUAUAUAUAUAUAUAUGAGGAAACAUAGGGUUGAAUUCUUUUUA